AUGCAUCUUUCCAAUAUUCUACUUACCUUUGCGGCCGCUGUUGCAGGCACUUCAGCUGGGUUGCCUCAACAACAAGGUAAUUCUCAAGUGCUAUUAUUCGCUGGUUCCUACACUCGCGACGAAGGCUGGGUCAAUGGAACAGGAGCUGGUGUUACCACCAUUAAAUUCAAUCCGGUCGACGGCUCUCUCAAGAUCUGGGCAUCUACUGCCAUUGGUAAUAAUCCUCGAUACGUCGUGGGAACGAAAAAACCUUUUGAAACGGGUGAGCGGGUCAUAUACGUUAUCAAUGCUGUCACUGAGGAUUCCGUGAAAUACCCAGGAACCCAAACUGGUUGGGUAUCAGCUCACACACUAAAGAAAGACGGCAAGCUUGAACACCUCAAUACGCUUGAGACCCGUGGUGGAAGUCCAACGCACAUUUCAUUGAGUCCAAAUGAGGAUUUCUUGAUCGUCUCUAACUACCAAGGCAGUAUCACGAUGUUUCCGCUAAAUUCCGACGGAUCUCUUGGUGCUGAUUCUUAUCAUCAAGAAUAUAAAAAAGGAAGCGGAGUCGCUCCCCCUCAAACUAAUGGCAUUCUUCACAGUACAACGUGGGUUCCUGAAUCCAACCACGUCAUCGCUGCUAACCUUGGCAGUGAUGAGCUGUAUCUGUUUGAACUUGAUGCGAAAGACCAAGAUCUAAAGCUUUUGGAGACUGUAAACCGUCCACCUGGAUCGGGACCGCGUCACAUGGCGAUCCGCCCUGACAAAAAGUUUGCAUACGUUGUGGAUGAGAUCGGAAAUACUGUGGGUGUAUAUGCCAUUGACAAGACGACGGGGAUGCUUUCGACGACUGCUCUGCAGAACAUCACGACUCUGCCUGCGGGUUAUAAGGAUGCCACCACCAGCGCUGAUAUCCACAUAUCAAGCGAUAACAAGUACUUGUACACAUCUAACCGUGGUCACAAUUCUAUUGCAAUGUACAAGAUUGAUGGCAUAGCUGGAACGCUAACACCAUUGGGCUUUGAAAGCACUCGCGGUAAAAUUCCUCAUGGCUUCACAGUUUACGGCAAGUGGCUCAUUGUGGCAAACCAAGACUCAAAUAACAUGCACGUGUUCGAGAUCAGCGCGAACGGCCGCCUGAAAUACUCAGGCCACUCACUUGAUAUCGGUACAGUCGUGUGUUUGUAUGCCACAGAAUACAACAUCUAG